AUGAAUUCUCACUCUGGCAGUCCAGAAGCGCAAGGCUCUCUUCCUGCUGUCUACCAAGCCGUCGACGGGACUCAAACAGACGCCCCGGGCGCACCCCCUCCCGCAGAUGGGCCAGCACGCGCAAGUCGAGUCGCACCUGGCGCUGCAGCGACGCUCGGCUCUCAGGUGAAGAAGGCGUCGAAUCCGUCCGUGGACGACCCCGGAGAGCAGGCCCGCCUCCUCGAAGAAGGAGUGUCUCGACAGCCUGACGAUGGAGUUCCCCGGGAAACUGCAGAAAGUGGACUCGGAAGCCCCGUCCGUGUCAGUGCGGACGACGGAACUUCUCACCACUACGACGGGCUCCCGCUCGUCACGCUCAGCUUCGAAGACCUCACAAUGGACGUUGUCACUCCGGGCGAUGGCUUCGUCAGGAGGACGUUGAAAAAUCUUGUGAAUCGGCCGGUCGCUCAGCCAACCAGGAAGCGAAUUCUUUCCCUGGAAGGCGUGCAAGCUUCCUUCAGUCCUGGAGACUGCGUCGCCCUAAUGGGCAGUAGUGGAGCCGGCAAGACGACUCUCUUGAAUGUUCUCUCGGGGCGGCUGGCGAAGAAUGUCGGUGGACGCGUCCAGUUCAAUGGCAUGGAGCUGCCUCCUGAGGUGUCGAAGGCGAUUUCCUGCUUCGUGCAACAAGAAGUGAUGUUUUUCGGAGCCUUGACGGUUCAGGAGCAUCUCGAGUACCAGGCCGCCCUGCGGUUGCCGCCGUCGAUCUCCUCACACGAACGAGCAGCGACUGUGAAGACCAUGAUUGAAAAGGUUGGCCUGUCAAAAGUCGCGAAUUCCCUGAUUGGCAAUGUCUCUCAGCAUCAACUCGUCGGAAUCUCCGGAGGCGAGCAGCGGCGCCUGUCUGUGGCGACAGAGCUGCUGACUGAGCCGUGCGUGGUCUUCGCGGAUGAACCCACGAGCGGCCUCGACUCGUACAUGGCGAUGCAGGUGGUGAAGCUGUUGAAGGAUCUCGCUUUGGGAGGCCGAACCGUCGUUUGCACUAUCCACCAACCGAGCUCCAGUGUCUUUGCGGAAUUUAACAAGGUCUUGCUGAUGUCGGAGGGACACAUUCUCUACUGCGGGCCGCGGGAGGCGUCCAUUGCCUGGUUUGCCCGCCUCGGCCAAGCCUGCGAAGCGGAUAUGAACCCCGCGGAGUUCCUCAUAAAGACAACUGCAGUGACAGACGAGAACCGAGAGGAAGCGCUCCAGCGAACAUUCGAAUGGGCCGAUCGCUGGCGGCGCGAAGGCCCCGCCUUCCUCGAGCAGUGGGAGGCUCUCGGCGGACGCAUUGCCGCUUCUUCCGACCAGAUGCGGAUUCAGCGUCUCAUUUCGUCACUCGACACACCACCAAGCUCCACUCCCCCGCACGGACGGGACGACCUUCGCGUGGAGAAAAGAGAUACGGGGUUGAGAUCGCGAUCAAUGUCGCACCAGUCUGACGACUCUGCCUUAGACCAGAACCUCAGUGCCCGAAACAGCCUGGGACCGGCGGGCCCUAUGGACGUCCCGAAGCGCGACAGCCUGCACGACGAUCGGACGCACGUGAGUCGGAAACUUAGCUCCCGUGCCCAGUACAUGCUGCAGGGAGGCGCCAUGUCGAAAGCUGUCCUGGAGGAAAUGAAGAGGGACAAAAUCAGCGUCUUCAACGAAAGCUGGCUCCAAAUCCACCGCAGUGCUCUGCUCAGAAGUCGCGAUUCGUUCUCGACAUACGUCAAACUCAUCACCACCCUCAUCAGCGCCCUCAUCCCCGCAUUCAUGUACUACCGCUUGACGUGGCAAAGCUCCGACGCGUGGAAUAAAGUAUCGUCCUCCUUUUACAUCAUCCUCAGCGAGUCGAUGGCGUGUCUCUUUGGCGCCUCCAUGGCGUUUAACAAGGAGCGUCCAAUCAUUCAGCGCGAGUAUGAAUCCGGCGCCACGCGCAUGCCUCUCUACUUCAUUGGGCGCAUUACUGCGGACUCUGUGCUCUGGCUGAUCUUUCCCUUCAUCUACCACGUAAUUGUCUACUGGAUAGCUGGUUUAGGCGGCGACUCUGUGAGCAAGUACUUUGCUUCCUUGGCCAUCACGCUGCUGACGAUCCAAGUCAUGUUGUCCUACACUUACGUCGUCGUCUCCCUCAUCACAAAUCCAGUGGUGUCGACCGUCGUGCUGCAGAUCAUGCAGAUGGUGCUCACGCUCUUCUCAGGGUUCAUGGUUAAGCUGGAUGAAUUGGGAAAGUUCUGGAUUUGGAUCGUGUACCUGUCUCCGUUCAAAUACGCGCUCCCGUGCUUCACCGUGACCAUCUUCACGGACGCAGAGAUCACCUCGCCAGCGCGGCCUCCCCUCUCCGGCCUCGAGUUCCUAGACAACACCUUCGGAUUCAAACGGGACACGUUCUGGCUCUACAUAGGCAUGAUGUUCGUCCUCGGAAUCUGUACACGGCUGAUAGGCAUGGUUGCGCUCACCUGGCGCACGCGUCGAAUAAAAGAAAACCAAUGA